CCAAACAGCACGAUAGAUGACUUAAAUCUGUUGGACGCAUUGCUGAAAAACUAUGACAGACGAGCUCUACCUACGAGUCAUAUGGGAACACCAACUGUUGUAUUCUGUGAGAUGUACAUUCGAAGCUUUGGCUCAAUAAAUCCCUCAACUAUGGAUUAUGAAGUAGACCUCUAUUUACGUCAGAAAUGGCUUGAUGAAAGAUUGAAAAAGCCAGAGAUGUCGAGACCCCUCGAUCUCAAUGAUCCUAAGCUGGUUCAAAGAAUUUGGAAACCGGAAGUAUUUUUUGCAAAUGCAAAACAUGCCGAAUUUCAGUAUGUAACUGUACCAAAUGUACUUGUCCGAAUUACUCCAUCUGGGAAUCUUCUGUACAUGCUUAGAUUAAAGUUAACAUUUUCGUGUAUGAUGGACCUGUAUAGAUUUCCUUUAGACUCCCAGGUUUGCACUAUUGAGCUUGCGUCAUUUUCAAAGACGACAAACGAACUGAACUUGAAAUGGUCGGAGGAAAAUCCAGUAAAUUUAUUUGAAAAGUUAAAACUUCCGCAGUUUGAGAUCAAAAGCGUCAAUACUUCUCUCUGCAGUGAGAAAUUUCACAUUGGUGAAUACAGUUGCCUGAAGGCUGAAUUCAACUUACAGCGCUCUAUAGGCUAUCACCUGGUUCAAUCGUACCUCCCAACUGUUCUGAUCGUCGUUAUAUCAUGGGUGUCAUUCUGGUUAGACGUAGAAGCGAUUCCAGCUCGGAUAACUCUUGGAGUGACGACCCUUCUGACAAUCUCUUCCAAAAGUUCUGGAGUUCAAAGUAAUCUGCCACCGGUGUCAUACGUAAAAGCUAUCGAUGUCUGGAUGGGAGCAUGCACUACUUUUGUAUUUACUGCACUGCUUGAAUUCACCUUCGUGAAUUACUUGCGACGCAAACGGCUCACAAAUUCCCCUACCAUCAAAGUGGCUGAUGAAAAUAUAUCUCUGCGAAUGUAUGAGGAGAAGGAAGAAUGCAACGGAACCAAAAAGACUCUGAAACUACAGCAGGAGUCUGAAGAUGAAGAACCAAUGGAAAAGAAAAACGCAGCCGUCAAGAUCUACGGAGGCACUCAUAACAUUUCUGCUAAGCGUAUCGAUCAGGUGUGCCGAGUUGGAUUUCCAGUUCUCUUCUUGAUCUUCAAUAUCUGCUAUUGGCCCUACUAUCUUAUUUAGUUCCUAAAACACUACGAUGUUGCUUAUACUUUCGCUAUUUCUUUUAAAUAUCGGAUAUAUUUGUAAAACUAUUUACUAUAUUAAUAUUAUUUUGAGUCGGGUGGCAAAACAUUAUCCGUUAUUAAACGAACAUUGAAACUUCAUCUGCAUUAUAUAUUUUAAAUUAAGCACGGUGACAUGAAAAUGUCAUCAGAAAAUUUAUGAUUUUAUUUCUAAUUUCAGUAUUGAGUAAAAGCUCUGUGUUUUCAUGCAAAGCUUAUAACAACAGUAUCAGUGAUAACGCCAUAUUAACAGCAUGGCUCAAUUUCUCUUCUAAUAGCUAGAAACAUCUUUACUUACUUAAUUUAUAUUUUAUGAAAAAACUGUCCCCCAUUAAGGCACACUUGUGUGUUUCUGAAAAGUAAUAUUCCUUAAAAAGGAUAGCUAUAUGAUAAUAGGUUAUAAAUACAUAAUACUUUCAAAUCCAGUUAUGCUUUAAAAGAAAAGGUAAUUGAAUGAAAGUGGUGUAAAGUAAUAUUGCCAAUAUUUUUAUAACAUUUCUCAGAAACAUAAAAGGGCUGGGUUGUUGCCACCCUAAAUCACAUUAAUAUGUUUGUCUCAUUUCUUCCCUGAGACCAGUGGAUGCAUAUAUAUCUAUUAAAACCAGUAUGAAAAAAAAGCGAUCUAAAGAUAUAUAAAUUUCAAAUUCGCCUCAAUAUGUACUAGCAUAGUGAAUUACUUUCUCUAGCCUAGUUUAUUUAUUGCAGCAAUUGUGAAUAUGGAUUUUGUUUGAUGUUUGUUAAAGCAGAAAAAUAUGAAUAUGUAUGUACGUAUGUGAAUAUGCAUAUGUAAAAAUGUAUCCCAUGUGGAGUAUAGUACUGUGAAAUUCUGUUUAGUAUUACUAAAAGCACCACUUUCUAAGUUCUCUUCCGGAAGAAAAGGAACUGUUCAAAAUAGGAAGGAUUCGUAUGUUGCCAUUUAUUUGUAAUCUGAAUCGAAGAUGUAAACUACAAUAAUUAUUUAUCCAGAAAACAUAUUUUACUCCUAUGAUAUUAUAGACUGUGUAUUAUAAAACCGUAAUACGGUGGCUACUGUAAAAUAGAGACAUAUGUUUUUACAUCUAGGCGCAAGCAGGGAGGCGACUAGUCAUAUUAUCAUAACAUACUCAAAGGUAGUAAAACAUGAGGACUGAUUAAAAUGCCAUAUACACCCACGACAUUUUUUAAGUUAUUGUUCUUAAAACUCUAACUUUCUUCUAUGAAUAUGUAAUUUCAUUCUGAAACACUUUAUAACUUAUCACUUGUAUAUGUUGUUAUGUUUGGUAAUGCCUCUUAAAAUUUUGGAUUUUAAAAUAAGUUCAUUAUGACUCCAUAUAACUCCUCUGAAAUACGGUAUGUCUAGAAUAAAGGUAAUGCAACUGUUAAUUAACUAAAAGUUAAAUAUCAAUAACUAUAAAUUAUUAAGUUACUAUACAUAGGUAAUUAUUUAAUCACAACUAUAUAUGGACCUAUUUAAAAGCAAAUUUUAAUAAACACACAGGAGGAAAAUACAAAUGUAAACCAGCUUUAUUUUAAAUUAAUAAUUUUACAAAAUGCUAUUUCAGGCAAUUUAUGCAUUAAAAGCGUGCUGAAUUAUGCUUUUUGUUUGUAUCCGUAUCGACGUCAUUCGCAUUCCUUUAACGGAUAUCCAGUUUUUAAAAUCAUAUUUUCAAGUCUUUUCUUUGUUUAGCUUUGUCUAUUUUCAUUGCCGUUAUCUUUGCCAGCCACUUCUCCAUAACAGGGAAAGUUUUGAGAGAUCCAAUAAGAAAAUAUAUAAUUACAACUCAAUAAAUAAUAAACGGUAAGAAAACCAAUAACAACCCAAAAACACUUAUGAUGAUACGACUCAGAGAAGACAUGAAAAUUAACACCGUUUUACAGUUACAUGAAGGCGUGAGUUCAUGUAUGUUGUGAUCGAAAGGUCUAGAGACUUCCUGCAUUGAAAAUGUGCCAUAAUUUAACUGUGGAUUUUCAAGUUAAAUGCGUGUUGUAAUCAUAAGAUAGCAGUACUGAUAAGUAUGUCAACUGCUUAUCCCAUUUUUCACUGUAACGCCAUCUUCCUUUCUACCCCCUUCCUCCAACUUUUCACUAUUAAAUUUCUUUUAUGUAACACAAGAAAAGUUUCAAAGCACUUCGUGAUCCAUCUAUAAUAUUGGAUCUUAACACAAUACAAAGAAUCGAUCCAUAUUUUGGAAAUGCCUGGUAUAAGAGAGUGUAAUCUGUUUAAGACAUAGGUUCGUACUUUCACAAAAGGUUCUGUUUUAUGGCAAAUGUAAAUACGAUCUAGAGCAUUCAGAAAUCAUGUUUUGAAAUUAAUUUCUUCCACAAAUACAAAUGAUAACAUUUUGAUGAUCACAUUUAGGUUUACCUAUUUUUACUGCUUUUAGUUCUGCGAAACUUGCAGAAAUGCUUGUAGAUAAACAAUGAAAAAUAAAAAUACAGAAGGAAGAAAAGAUGAACCUAAAGAAGAGGUUUCAAUUAAAGAGCGAUGUAUAAAACAUUUCCUGCUUUUAAAGUAUUACAUAUUUUUAAAACCACAAGUUUAUUUCUAUUUAGUGCUUUUUAGAAAAUUUACUUUUAAAAUAAAAUUGCAAAGCAAAACGAAUUGCCGUUGAUUUUUGAUUGUGGGGCAAGGUGGAAUGCCAUGGAGGUAGUAACUGAUUUGUGAAAAUAAAAUUACCAGUUGUAAAAAUUUUGGUUUUCUAAAUAUGGGUAAUUAUAGCAAGAUGAAUUUUUGAAAAGUACUAAAAUAUUUUUAAUAACAUUAAAGCCCGUUAGGUUAACUAUCGGAUGUUUCAGCACAGAAAGCUCGGAUAUACGGAACAAAGAAAUGAAUGUUGAAAAAUUUCGUUAUGUAAAUUUAGAAAUGUGAAUAGGGAAUUAAGUCAUAAGCUGUUUAUUGAAAUUUAAAAUAAGUAUACAAAACAGUUAACAAUAUAUGCUAUUUCAUGAAUUUCUUCAAAUUCCAAUCUAUCAAGAGGAAGAUAUAUUUUUCCAAUUGCUUCUGAAAAGAACUCUACAAAACUGAGACAGAAAUAUCAGAUAUUUUUUUUGGAAGCAACAAACUGGUUCCGAUUCUGACGCUAAGAUACGCUGCAUGACAGGAAAAAAGCUGUUACUACAACAUCAGAUAAAUGUAUCCGUUGCAGAAAGUUAAAUAAUUAAAGUCCGAAGUUAUUGUUAGUUAUUGCACUGUCAGAUAAUAUAUUUUAACUUUUUGUAAUUACUGGCAAAAAACAAUGAAAUAAGAGUAUCUGAGGCAUGGAUUUUCUACAAUUAAAGCUAUUUCAUCGCGAAAUGAACUCAAUUUUUCAGAUGCUAAUGAUUUUCAUAUCAUAAAUUGAACUCAAAUUGCUAACUUUGCAUAUGUUAUGCAUCUUAAAAGAAUAUUUUAGAUUCAAUAUAUAAGCGACUCCAGGCAUAAAAUAUUUGCAUAGCAUUACAAAUACCCAAGGUUUUAUUUAGUGUGCGAGAUUCAAACCCAAAUAUAUACAAAAAAAAUUCUAAGUAUUUUUAACUGUCACAUUUGAGUUGUCUGACGUAUGCACAGCAUUAAAAUAUUAAUAUAUCAAGUCUUUUUUCCAAUCACCUCGCAUAUUUAUUAUCAAUUUUAAAAUGUAUAAUGCUAAUUUAUUAGUUAAAUAAUUAUUAAAUAAUAUUAAUCUGUCCUAUUAAAUAUCGAUCUGAAAAAAAAGUAAAUUUAAUUAAUCUGUUUAUAAGUUUCUAUAUAAUUUUCAGAAGUUACGAAUUAAGUUUCUCUUGACGAGAAAGGAAGAGAUGGGAAGAUUUAAACACUGCCUGAAUUGUAUAUCUGCAUCUAACUAAAUCUCUAUAAUCUUCCUAAAGCUCUCCCUUGCGUUUUUUAGCUGAGCGAGGGGAGAUUCUUAUUGAGCAGUUUUCUUGUACAACUGUAUCGUUUAUUAUCUCAGUAAGCUUCAAUAAACUUUAGACAAGACAUGUAAACCGAAAAGUCUGUGUGUGAGCUAUAAAAAUCCAUUAUUGAUCGGAGUUUGCAGAUAAGUUUCAGUGCAGCCAUGUAGUAAAAUAAAAUGAUUGCGUAAAGAAGAAGAAUUUGCAUAUGCUUCGUAAGCGUUAUUUAACACCGUUUCCUGCAGUAAAAGAAGUCAUAAAUCAUCUUUUCAAAAAAAUAACAAUUUUUUUUUCACAGUGAUGGUAAAACGAAGCAAAACACAAACAAUCCUUACAUCAUGUCCGUGUUCAGAAAAGAGCUAUAGUAUUUCCUCCAGCAAAGAGAUACUACUGAAGUAAAUAAAUAACUUAGAAAGCAAAGAGAUACAAUUUCGAAACCUAAAUUUUAACUUAUUUUUACGACCUUUGCCGCAGGAAACCUUUUGACAUUAAAGGCUGAGAACCUAUAAAUUGUGGGACCCAUGUAGAUGCUUAACUGUACAAUCUAAUACUACCAUACACUGAGGAAAGAACGGUAAAUUCGGGUUUUUCAGCGUAUAAUCGAGAAUUUUGUGUAAUAUUUGUAUUUGAAAUUCCGUUGAUUUAAAGGGAAAAGUGCUAAAUAAUAAAUAGUAAGGAAGUAAAGUUCAUAAUAGCUUAUUAAAGACUUCUUGUCUCCAGUCAGUGUCUGAUUAACAAAUAUGCAGAUACUAUUAUUUUGAAAGUUUUGUUUUAGGAGUUAAACUAAACUUAAAAGUGUGAUUAUGUAACGCAGCAAUGAAAUUCAUUAUCAGCCAAUUAACUUAAUAAUAACUUUUAAUUGCACUAGCUAGCUUUUGUAGUUAAAUAGUUAUUUGCGCUCUGAAAUUCACUUAUACUUAAUAUCUCAGAGCAGUUUUAAUGUCACUUUUAUAGCAUGUUUUCCUGAUUAAUUCUCCUUAAUUACCGCGUAGCUUCAUAUGAUCUUUUAAUCUUCAUAUCAUUGCCUUUCGUCAAGAAACAACUUACAUGCAAAGAAGUUUCACAUUUCAAGCACGUGAGCAUCUACCUUCAAGCAUUAAUCAAUUUUUGAAAUGGACGUAAAUUUAUAGCUUUUGAUGAAACAGUUAUGAGACAGUUGGAAGCUGAAUGAAAUAUCAAAAUAUUUUCGUCUUACUUAACAGAUACAUACUUUCAUAUAUUAAUAAUAGGAAAUAUUUUAUGAAUUCAUUUUAAUUCCUUUUUAUAACUAAAGGUGUUUCUCUAUAUGUUGGCUUAAUUGGUACACAUUUUGUAUUUUCGUUAACGUUAAGAAAACAGCAAAAGCAAGCAUAACAUAUCGAAUAAAGACUCCAUUAUUUAGAGCCAAAUAAAAGCUCACUCCGAGUGAUAAUUUGAAGAUUAAAAAGUCUAGUGAAUUAACUGAAGGUUUAAUAAGUAACUUGUAAGAAUUUCGUAUAAUACGUAUACAACAAGUUAAUGAAUAUUUAUGGAAAAUAGGUUUCAAGAUAUGAAAAUCUGUAUUUGAAAAAAUAGUAGUUUGAACACUGAUUUCAUUCGAAAGCACUAGUAAUAAGAAAAUUCAUUUUACAUCUUUCCCUUUGAUUAUGCAAUGUUUUUCUUUAUUAAAGAAACGUUUUCUAUAAUUGUUAAUUUCAAAAAUGUUGACUGCUUAUGUUUCCUGUUUUUCUCCCUUCCUUCGACCCUCCUACGAACUGCAGUUUCGUGAAAAAUAUCCUUCUUUAUAUAAUAUAUGUUUUCGAAAUUCUUUCGCAAAAUUAUUCGGACAUUUUACGUACAAAAUAGAAGAUUUUGUGCAUAGCUUUAUUUCCAGUUUGCAUAAAUAGAUUAUUAUCUAUUUAAUUUUUAACUUUUAGAAAUAAUUUUAAUUUACAUAUUAAGACGUAAGAGGUAUUAUGGAUUUAGUUUUAAAAUAUUUCCGUCAUUUAUGUCUCUUAUUGCAUCGACGGAUUAUCCAGGAACCAAAUUCUGAACAGAAAUUUUAAGUACGCUACAGGCAUGUAUUAUUAAGUUCAUGUAUGCUAAAAUAUGCUUAACAUGAAAACAAAUACUCUUAUAAAACCUUCCUGGAACAAUUUCAAAAAUGCGAAUUUCUUCCUAUGCCAUGUAUAUUUCAUUGACCGAUACAAGAAAACACAACAUUUUUCUGCUUUAUAAUGUGCGUUUUCGUCAGUUUUUAAUUGUUUUUUCCCUUACGCAUAGUCUUAACACCACAGUAAUUAAUAUAGUCAUUGCCUUAGCACUGCAACCCCGACAAAUGAGACUAAAUGAAACGCACAGAAACAACUGAUUUUAAUUGCUUAACAAAUAGCAAAUAUUCACGGUCUUUAUAUCUUUUCCCCUUCCAUUUCACGAUACGAUUUUUCUGCGCUAUCAUAAUGUUUCAAUUAUACAUUUGCCCAAGUUAUCAAUUAUAAAUAACUGUUUCGUGUGUUUUACUUGUCAUUUACGUUUUUGUGUAUAUGUGUAAAACAAUAAAGCGUCGUAGCCCACCGUAUAUUUGUUCAUUUCGGGUGUCAAUUAUGUGUGUGGUGGAACAGCAAGAAUAAAACGUCACGACCCACCGUAUAUAUGCCACUUAAAUAGUUCCAAACUUUGAGCAUGUACUUGAAUUUUACGUGAACGUCAACCUUCCGCGAUUUUAAUUUCAAUUUUUACUUUUGAUGCCGCUACAAUUAUUGCUGUAAAGUAGUAAUGCACAUGUCACAAAAUGUAACAAAACUUAUAUAUAAUAUUUGCAGCCGUAGUGGUAGUAUUUGUAGUGUAAAUAUCAAAGAACACACAAAAGCAUAUAUGCAUUGUCAUUGCGUAAGAUGUUCAUUAUAGUUUAGAAAGUUCUUUGCAUUCUCAUUAAGUAGUAUUUAUGGGAAAGAUAUGUAACAAGUAGCAUUAAUUUAGCCUUAACAAAAUGUUCUAAAUGAAAUUUUCAUCUAUGUAAGUUAUAGACUUAGCUAAACGGUAUAAUUAUGUAUUUCAGUGAUGCCACUACUGUCAGAUUUCGACAAUUCCUAAAGCAAUCGGAUAUAUUUAGGGCUUGUUGUUAAUCCUAAAAUAAUUUCAAUCUAUAUUUUUUCAGACAGAAGAUCAGCCUGACAUUAGAGCAAGAAGUGUUUUCGAAAUGACAUUUUUUUUUUUUUCAAAAAACGGUAUUUCGAACCCAUGCCUCAAAAAGCAGUAACAUUAAUUCCGCUGUUUAUCCCAUCCUACAAAUGUAAGCAAGCAUCCAUGUUUAUUUAUGGAUGAUUGUAUAUGCCAUAUGGUUAUUUUCAUCAAAAUAAUGCAAUUACUGACGUUAUAAAGCUAAUUUCAUGGACAUCAAACCAUAAUUAGCCUGACAUCAUUGUGAUUUCGAAUUACUCAUGAACUUCUUUUUAGUAACAUUUAUUCUAAGUUUAAAAUUGCAGUAAGAUAUGUAGUUGUUUAUCUGAAGGUGAUUUUACAGUACCUCGCGAAAACAAAUGACUAGAUCGGAUAAGUUAACGUGUAACUUCUGGCAAUACAAAAUCCGUUUGCUUUAGGGUUUCCGAGUAUUAUUCUGCGUUUUACGUUUAUUAGCAAACGUAUAAAUAUAUUUUUAAACAGUUUUCCUCACUUUCUUAAUGUUACUCAUAAUAAUAUGACUUUUUUCUGCUUUUAUUUAUUUCAUUUAUAGCACUUAGGAAACUGUGAUGUAGUAUUGUAACAAAUGUAUUAAGCAAUGCAUGGAACAAAUGUAAUAAAAAUAUUUGUAUAGCACUUGACUUUAUUUUAAUAAAUAUCUUAGCACUUAAAAUAGUAA